AUGGCUGAAGCGAGCUCUUCUAAAGGCUUGGGGAACCUGACUGCUCGUGAGCAGGAAGUCAUCAUCGCCGCCCUGCAGAAUCUCAAAGGUGGAGGGGAUUUACAGGUUGACUAUAAUGGUCUAGCAGAAACCCUCGGUCUUAAGGAUCAUAAAUCGGCCAACGCAGUCUGGCUGGCCGCAAAGAAGAAACUUCUCGGUAAUAGCAAGGCUACUGCUACUGAGGGUCAACCUACUACGCCAAAACCCAAGACUCCUCGGAAGCCAAAGGAUCCUAAUGCGACACCAAAGCCUCGCAAGAAGACCACGGUCAAGACACCAACUACCGUUGCUGAUGAUGAUGCGGAUGAGCACAACGGUGAAGCUGGGGAUGAUGCUUCUGCUUUGAAUGUCUCUGGUGAUGGCGGAGACGGUGAAUCUGGCGUUAGCAAUCAAGAAGCUCCAACCACUCCAAAGGCAACCAGUUCAUCUGCUGCUACUUCGACCGGAAAGAAGAGAGGUCGAAAGUCCAAGGCUGAAAAGGAAGCCGAGGCUGCCGCCAAUGGUGACAAUGCUGGUGGCGAUGACGGCGAGGAGAAACCUGUCAAGAGAGCCCGCAAGACACCAGUGAAGAAGACAGCGGCUGCCAAUGAUGAUGGCAAUGCGGAAGCGGAGCCAGCAACUCCGACCAAGCCUAAGCGAGCUGCAAAGCCACGCAAGUCAUCCACCACGGUAACCCAAGCAAACAUCACUUCUCCUGCUGCAGACGAAGUCGUCGACGAGGCCGAGAAAGCCACAAAGGAGACGGCGGAGGCGGAGGCUACCGAGGCCAACGCCCUUACCGGCAAGAAACUGGUGACUUCUGCCGUUGAUUCUCAGGACCAGACCCCUGGUACAGCAGCGGCUGCUACAACUGCAGAAGCUGGCAUUGCUGAAGAUGACGAGUCGCAGACCAUUACUGUGGCCUCCUAG